UUUAUUUUACGUUUUACUACUGCUUUAGAGUUCAUCUUUUCUCAGACUUGUUUUCAUAACCCUUUGAUUCUUGUUUCUACUGGGUUUUCGCUCUCGUCUCAUUCAUCACCAUGGGUUCUCAUUGUUUUUACCUUGUUGUGUUCCUAAUCUUGGCCGGAGAGCUGAUUGCGGUAGAGAGAAAGUUAGAGGAGGUGAGGGAUAUGACGAUGGAGAUGGAGGAAGAAGAGCUUUUAGGGGUUUUCGAAGUAAUGGGUUCGUUUCUAGAAGAUCCUGAGUGGGCUCAAAUGCACCCACAACCAUGCAGUGAAACUCCAUGGCCUGGCAUUGAAUGUGAGAUUGGUCAAGAAAACCCUCCAAUCUUCCAUGUCACCAAGAUUCACAUUGGCCCUGAUGUUAUAAACCCACCUUGCAAAUUCUCUGCAAAUCUAUCUGAUUCAUUACCCCAACUUCGUUUCUUGAAAACCCUUUCUGUUUUCAACUGUUUUUUAACAUCACCAGUCACUCUUUCUCAAACUCUGUUUGCUUCACUUUCUUCUCUAGAACACCUGUCUCUCCAAUCAAACCCUUCUCUAUCUGGACAUAUCCCUUCAAGCUUGACAAAUAUUAGUGGCCUGAGAGUUCUUAGCCUGUCUCAGAACAAUCUACAAGGACCUAUCCCUAAUGAUCUUGAGAAAAUGAUCAGUUUAGAGCAACUCGACUUGAGCGACAACAAUCUUGAUGGUGAAAUCCCAAGAGAGAUAAGUGGGUUGACAAGUCUUGAAAUUUUAGAUUUAAGCUGGAAUAAUCUUCGAGGACAGUUGCCUUCUUCUUUGGGUCAGCUUCAACAUCUACAGAAGAUUGACUUGAGAUUCAACAAGCUUUCCAGACUGAUACCUCCAGAUUUAGGGAAGCUAAACAGGUUGGUUUUGCUUGAUUUAAGCCACAAUUAUAUCCCUGGUCCUAUUCCUGAAACCCUAUCAGGCUUACAACAGCUUCAGUACUUAUUACUUGAUCAUAAUCCAAUCAAUUCUCCUAUACCCUUGUUUGUUUCUAACCUAAAUAACCUAACAUCAAUCAGCUUAUCAGGAUGUGGGUUGAAAGGUCCAAUUCCCAGCUCGUUAUUCUCCUCAUUGAACAAUCUCACUGCUCUAUCUCUAGCCAACAACAGCCUCACUGGGUCAAUCCCUACAAAUUUAGCGUUACUUCCAAACUUGAACCAGCUAAAUCUGAGCCAUAAUCAGCUAAGUGGGAAGCUCUUAUUACCAGAAAUUUUCAUUAUCAAGCUAGGAAACAGGCUGGAUUUGAGAGGAAAUUAUGGGAUUUGUACAAGCAAUGAUUUGUAUAGCAAGAUCAAUUACACUAAUUCUCAUAAUUAUCCACAAACAUUACCACCUUGCAUGGGCAAGGGAAUUGGUGAGAUUAACACAAGUUACCCACAAGAGGGUCAGCAUCAGGAACAUUCUAAAGACACACAACCAUCUUGGCACCAUGGCAGGACAAGUUCAAGUAGUACUGGUGCUGUAUGUAUAUGCACAAAUCUGAUCCUCUCAAGUACGGCUGGUUUUGUUCUUUGCUUUAUGGGAUUCUUAUUGUGA